GAAGAUCGUAAAGAUAAGAGUGCAGUUGGCUGGGAUGAGCAUGGAAAAUUGGCAACACAUCAAAGUCAAGUAGAUUAUAAAAAAGGGUUUGGUGGAAAAUUCGGUAUCCAGGAAGACAGAAAGGACAAAAGCGCUGUUGGUUGGGAUGAUUACGAAAAAUUAGACAAACAUGAAAGUCAAACAGAUUAUAAACGAAGUUUUGAUGGUCAUUUUGAUUUGCAAGACGACAGACAAUAUAAAUCAGCGGUAGACACUCAGCAAUAUAACGAGUCUACUCAACAUGAAAACCAAAAGGAAUAUGCUAAAGAAGAACAAGUACCGAGAGGGAACGCUUUGCCUGUUGCACCAAAAGGAAGGGCUUUAAAUUUACGUGCUAAAUUUGAACAACUUUCAGUUGCUGAG